UGUAAAAAAGGUGUAACAUGGUUUGAAGAUAAAGUGUAAAAGCAAUUUAACAUAGUUUUCCCCUGUGCGUAUUUAACUUUCGCAGUCAGGCACCUGAAAGGGUGUGCCUGGACUGUUGUUUCUCGGCCCUUCGGUUCACAGGCACUGUUGCCCGGGUGUGUUGUGGUCUGUUACAGGAACGUGUUUCGGAUCCUGCAUCUACCAUGUUGUCAAACUGCUUGCAGAAUUUCGUAAAGCUUGUAAGCCCUCCUGUUCUGUCUUCAAGAUUGUGCCAGCAUGUAAGAAGUAAGAGGAGGCCUUUGGGAACCUCUGCGUCCCUCAAGCCACGCAGGCGUGUUGUCAUCACAGGCAUUGGCUUGGUGACCCCACUGGGUGUUGGCACCCGGUUGGUGUGGGACCGCCUGGUCCGAGGGGAGAGUGGAAUUGUUCCGCUGGUGGCUCAAGAGUAUAAGGGUAUCCCUUGCAGUGUGGCUGCUUUUGUGCCAAGAGGCUGUGGUGAAGGCGAGUUCCACGAGGAAAACUUCGUGUCUAAAGCGGACUUGAAGUCCAUGUCUUCUCCCACGGUCAUGGCCAUGGGGGCUGCAGAGUUAGCCUUGGAAGAUUCGGGCUGGCGGCCGCAGACAGAAGCUGAGCAAGCAGCUACCGGUGUGGCCAUUGGCAUGGGGAUGGUUCCUCUGGAAGUUGUUUCCGAAACAGCUCUGAUGUUUCAGACAAAGGGUUAUAAUAAAGUCAGCCCCUUUUUUGUCCCGAAGAUUUUGAUCAAUAUGGCUGCGGGCCAGAUCAGCAUCCGCUAUAAACUCAAGGGCCCCAAUCACGCGGUGUCCACAGCCUGUACCACGGGCGCUCAUGCCGUGGGCGACUCUUUCCGGUUCAUCGCCCACGGUGAUGCCGACGUCAUGGUGGCUGGAGGAACCGACUCCUGUAUUAGUCCCUUAUCGCUGGCUGGCUUUUCCAGAGCUCGGGCUCUGAGCACCAACUCGGAUCCUAGGUUGGCAUGUCGGCCGUUUCAUCCCAAGAGGGAUGGCUUUGUUAUGGGAGAAGGGGCCGCGGUGCUGGUACUGGAAGAACAGGAACACGCCCUGCGAAGAGGGGCCCGCAUCUAUGCUGAAGUUUUGGGCUAUGGGCUCUCAGGCGAUGCGGGGCACAUCACCGCCCCUGAUCCCGAAGGAGAAGGUGCCUUUAGAUGUAUGGUUGCAGCUGUAAAAGAUGCAGGCGUACGGCUUGAGGAGAUAACCUACGUCAACGCGCAUGCCACUUCAACCCCCUUGGGAGAUGCUGCUGAAAACAGAGCCAUCAAACGUCUCUUCAAAGAGCACGCGCGCAAGCUGGCCGUGUCCUCCACGAAGGGGGCCACAGGCCAUCUGCUGGGGGCUGCAGGGGCGGCCGAGGCGGCCUUCACCGCACUCGCUUGUUACUAUCGAAAACUGCCACCCACCUUGAACCUGGACUGCACGGAAGCAGAAUUCGAUCUGAAUUAUGUCCCACUGGAGGCACAGGAAUGGAAAGCUGAGCACAGAUGUAUUGCACUUACCAAUUCUUUUGGUUUUGGUGGCACUAAUGCAACACUUUGCAUUGCUGGCAUGUAGGACAAACCAUUUGUAAUGAAACAUUGAUUUUCAAAAAUGCUGUAAGACAAGAAAUAAUAUAUAUAUAUAUAUAUUUUGUGUGUUACUAUCCAGACACCUCUUUUCUGCACCUCUUUCUCUCAGCCUUGGCUAAUUGGGAUAGGAUAGCUCUUUCUUGGGACAAAGGGGGCUGUGCCAUGCAUUGUGGGAUGUUUCCUAACACUCUGCUCCUCAGUGUGACAACUACAAAUGCCCUUGCACAUGACCAAGUGUGUCCUUGGGGGAAAAUACUUGAGAAGCGCUGACCUGGGUUUUCUUAAUAUUCUUAGGUCAGAAAACUUUUGGUGACGCUUUCCUUGCUCUGUUUCCCAUUUAGUGAGUGACUUCUCUAUGCUAGGUAAGGUUGCUGUGCUGUGCGGCUGUAGGUGAACCAUUCAUACACAGCGUACAGGAGGAAUCUGAUGUAACUCCACACUGGAAUCGUCGAUCAGUAUUCUGCCAGUUUGGAAUGGUCUAUCUACCUCUGACCUAUUUAGUCUUCUUCAUGUUAUUCAUUCUGUAAUUCAGUAACAUCAAUGAAACUUCCCUGAAUUACUCAUCUAUCAAUUCAUAAAAGAAGGAGGUGAAAUUGGUUUUGGCAUGUCUUAUAUUUACACUGGCAACAUCAGUGAUAAAUGGAGAUAAAAUCUUUGAGAAACAGAUCAGAAAUUGACGAUUCAGUGGUGUGAUAGGGGAUCCAGUGCUUGGAGAUGGAGGAUCAGCCAAUGAAUCCAUUGUGCCAGGCCCUAUGUUUUCUAAACUAGACUAGAGUCUGAAGGGGGGAAGUGUUGCCUGCUUGCCUCAGUUCAUAUCUAACUUCAUUUAAGCUUUGGUUGUUUUCCAACAUUCCCACAAGUAUUGGCGGGUCACUUUACUGUUCUGCCUUGGGACAUUACCUGUAUCCAAUCCCAUCAGGCAUAGAGUGUUAGGAGACAGAGGGAACACGUUCCCAGGGGAAAUACUGCAGUGCUAAAGGUUGUAGCCAGGGUUUACAUGCCUGAGCCUCAUUCCAGGAGGCAGUGUGAAUGCCUACGCCAUUCCUGAUCCUCAGAGGGUCUCUCGUGAGAUGGAACUGCAGUUGUUCAUAUUGUUAACCAGCUCAGAAGCCCCCACUUCCUGGCUUUUCCUCCAUGUUCCUGCCACCCCAUUUUUGGUUUUUAAUCCUCACAUUCCAAACAGGCCAGCUUUUCUCAGGCUUUGCUUGCUGGUGACAUAUACUGUAGUACAGGAUUGCAUUGUCAUUAGGAUAGGGUGUGCAGGGGUGUGAAUGGGCGGUGUGUGUUUGUGUAGAAAUGAUACAGAGCUCCCAGUUAGGAGAGCCUGGAUGUGUUGCCCAUCCACUAACCUUGACUGCAGUAAUUUGGCAUUUAUACACCUGAGAAGCCAGCCAUGUGUUUACAUGACAUAAUCAGCCAGGAUCU